AUCACGACCUGAGCCAAAACCAAGAGUCGGAUGCUUCCACUGCCUGAGCCACCCAGGUGCCCCAAGAAUCUCCAUUUUUAAUGCAUUCAUUGGGUCCUCUUAAAGUAUGCUCAUGUUUGAGUCCUGCUGGCUCAAACCUCAGAGACUCCUAGGCCAGAGGCCCCAUUCAUCAUCCAGCACAUGCGGGCUUGGGACCCUCGCCGCACGGUGGGCAUAGCUAUGGAGGGCGAGGCAGGUGCCCCAUUUGUUUCAGAGGUCUGACUUUUCCUGGGGACCCAUGUCUUCCCAGUCCCGAUGCUGUGUCUGAAGCCCUUCCUGGCCCCACUGGCCUGGCUCCCGUUGCUCAGCUUCCCUAGGUUCAGCUGUUUCCUUUUGACCCCGGGGGCCAGGUUCUCUGCUCUUAGCAUUGCUUCUUGGCCCUCAAGGUCUGAGGAGCUGCCUGGGAAUCCUCUUGGCUUGCAUCCCCGUCCUGCGAGUGCUGGAGGCAGGGCAGGGUCCCCGGAGCUGGUGACCUCAACUUGUCCAGGCGAUCUGCCCAGCUUCUCCCCACCGGUACAUCCGCCAUGAGAGGAGUCAGACUUCCAAAUCUCCUGCUGGUGGUACACACAGGGAGGUUGGUGGACCAGUGGGUCAGUGACGGGAGUAUGCUCCAGAAGUCCCUGGCCAUCAGCAUCUCCAGUUUCAGAUUUCAUCACAGCAGCCGUGCCCCUGGCACCUCCCCCCCUUCCCCCCCACCCCGGGAGCCCUGGCCAGCUACUUUCUAUUGCAGGAAACAUCUGCUGGGGAGGCCAGGCUAGGCCAGGGGGUUACUGGAGGACGUUGGCCAGUACCGUCACCCAGAUCCUGUAACUCGAGGCAUGUGUAGGGCUCUGGGCCUGCCCGCCCGCCCACCCACCCACCCGGCUUCCCUCCUGCCACGGGCAACUCUAACAAAGAAGUUGUUUGCUGGUCAGCUAAGGAGAGCACGGUCUGGGGAAGGAAAGGGGUGUGUGUAGGGGUGGGGGUGAGAACAGGUCUUGUUGCCACAGCCAGUGGUGGCCGCUCUGCCUGGGAGAGGGCUGUGAGUCAUAGGGACCAGUGCCCGCCCAGCGGAGAGAUUGCAUGGUGAACAGGCUGCCUCAUGGGACGGGCCAGACGGAGCUGGGAGGCUGGGAGCUCAUUCUCUCCCCGGAGUUUCCGACGAACUGUGAGCUGUGUGUGAGUAACCAGCGGGGUGCACCUCUGGACCUGGCUGUGGAGUCGCCCUCUUCCUGCGCAGUUUGUCCACCAGGGGCCUGCUGUCCCCAGCCCUCCAGCCAGCCCCCUCGUGCACCUGCCGUCUUCUGGCCUCAGCUGGCCUCUUGGAGUGGCUGGCCACACUGAACCAGAACAAGGGGCUUCACCGCAUCCCCUCUGGGUCACCCUCCACCCAAAGACCAGCCACCUUGUGGGAGCCAAAGUGGGACGAAGCAAAACCUGGCCAUGGGAGACUGGCCGGCCAGCCUGUCCCAAGAAGCAUGCUGACCAUACCCUCCCACUUGUGAGGUUUCGUGCUGGGAACAGAGCUCUGGGAGAGAAAAGGAGGCCAGUCAGGGUCACACAGACCCUCUGCUGAGAAGCCGGAGGUUGCCUGUCUGUCUGCAGCCCAGACGAGACUGACUAUUUUCAUCCUGAGGGGACGGUUGGGAACCAGAGCUCCGGGAGCCAGGCUCCACUGGGAGGUGGAGCCGUGGGUAGCGAUGGAAUCUUUGACCGAGUCUGGGGUCCUCCAGAGCCUCCUGCUGGAGCCGGACAGCCAGCCUUUGCAGUGGUACCUGAAGAAGUUUCCAGAUACACCUGCUGGUGCAGAACUCUGCUGCUGGCAUGAAUCUGAGGAGAUUCCAGCCGUGUUAAGCCCAACUUAUAAGCAGAGAAAUGAAGACUUCAGAAAGCUCUUUAAGCAACUUCCAGACACGGAGCGCCUCAUUGUUGAUUACUCAUGUGCACUCCAAAGAGACAUUCUUCUUCAGGGCCGACUCUACCUCUCUGAAAAUUGGAUAUGCUUCUACAGCAACAUCUUCCGCUGGGAAACUCUGCUGACCGUCCGUUUGAAAGACAUCUGCUCCAUGACUAAAGAAAAAACGGCUCGCCUCAUUCCCAAUGCCAUUCAAGUUUGCACUGACUCAGAAAAGCACUUUUUCACUUCAUUUGGGGCCCGGGAUAGGACGUACAUGAUGAUGUUCCGGCUCUGGCAGAAUGCGCUCCUUGAAAAGCCCCUGUGCCCCAAGGAGCUCUGGCACUUCGUUCACCAGUGCUACGGGAAUGAAUUGGGCCUUACCAGUGACGAUGAGGACUACGUGCCCCCUGAUGACGACUUCAACACGAUGGGCUACUGUGAGGAGAUCCCUGUGGAAGAGAAUGAAGUGAACGACAGCUCAUCCAAAAGCAGCAUCGAGACCAAGCCGGAUGCCAGUCCACAGCUACCCAAGAAAUCCAUCACCAACAGCACGCUGACAUCCACAGGGAGCAGUGAAGCCCCUGUCUCGUUCGAUGGCCUGCCCCUGGAGGAGGAGGUGCUAGAGGGGGAUGGGUCCCUGGAGAAGGAGCUUGCCAUUGACAACAUCAUCGGGGAGAAGAUUGAGAUCAUCGCACCUGUGACCUCCCCUUCGCUGGACUUCAAUGACAAUGAGGACAUCCCCACAGAGCUCAGUGACUCUUCUGACACCCAUGAUGAAGGGGAGGUCCAGGCCUUCUACGAGGACCUGAGUGGCCGGCAGUACGUGAACGAGGUCUUCAACUUCAGCGUGGACAAGCUCUACGACCUGCUGUUCACCGACUCGCCCUUCCAGCGGGACUUCAUGGAGCAGCGUCGCUUCUCCGAUAUCAUCUUCCAUCCAUGGAAGAAGGAAGAGAAUGGAAACCAGAGCCGAGUGAUCCUCUACACCAUCACCCUUACCAACCCUCUGGCUCCUAAAACUGCCACCGUCAGGGAGACACAGACCAUGUACAAGGCGAGCCAGGAGAGCGAAUGUUACGUGAUAGAUGCCGAGGUCCUCACGCAUGACGUGCCCUACCACGACUACUUCUACACCAUCAAUCGCUACACUCUCACCCGCGUGGCUCGGAACAAGAGUCGACUCAGGGUCUCCACAGAGCUGCGCUAUCGAAAACAGCCGUGGGGGCUGGUGAAAACUUUCAUCGAGAAGAACUUCUGGAGCGGGCUGGAGGACUACUUCCGCCACCUAGAGAGCGAGCUGACCAAAACGGAGAGCACCUACCUGGCUGAGAUGCACAGACAGUCUCCCAAAGAGAAGACCAGCAAGGCCCCAACGGUCCGGAGGAGGAAACGUCCCCAUGCCCAUCUGCGGGUGCCUCACCUGGAAGAAGUGAUGAGCCCCGUCACCACACCCACUGAUGAAGAUGUGGGCCACAGGAUCAAACACGUGGCAGGUUCCACGCAGACACGGCAUAUCCCCGAGGACACCCCUAAUGGUUUCCACCUGCAGAGUGUGUCCAAGCUGCUGCUGGUUAUCAGCUGUGUGAUCUGUUUCAGUCUGGUGCUGCUGGUCAUCCUUAACAUGAUGCUCUUCUACAAACUCUGGAUGUUGGAAUACACCACCCAGACCCUCACUGCCUGGCAGGGUCUGAGGCUCCAAGAAAGGUUACCCCAGUCUCAGACAGAAUGGGCCCAGCUCUUGGAGUCCCAACAAAAGUACCACGAUACAGAGCUCCAAAAAUGGAGGGAGAUCAUCAAGUCCUCAGUGAUGCUUCUUGACCAGGCUGUGGGACAAUCAUCCCAUCCACCACUUGACAUCCUUGACCCUCAUCCCCCAACCUCCAGCAGGCUGGCCCCACUCCCUCCACCUCUAUGUUUUCUUCCAGAAGAUGCGUUUUGGGUCCGAGUGGAGCGUUUUUCUGGAAGGCCGUCUCUUUAAUGCCCCUGCUUCCCUGAUGUGGAGCAGGAAUUUGCACAAGGUGUAGAGAGCGCCCCUUCCCACCUCUCUGCCCAGCCUUGUUACCUCACUCGUGCUCCAGCCACGGCUGUGACGGGCCCAGCCAGCUCCCUGUCUUGGUGUUCUGUGCGACAGCUCAGGGGUCUUGGGCAUUGUUUUCUGUUGUGACUUGAGGUCCUCAGCAGGCCUGGGAGCCUGGAUUGGAGCCUUGGCUGCUGGCGAGAAGCACCUUGCCUGCCAAGAGGAGCCGAUGCCAGACGAUCUGCCCAACAUGUGAAAGCAUAAAGAAUACUGUCAUCUCUGCCCCCUUGGCCUCCUUGCUUCUCUCAACACAGUGAGAUGCUGCAGAAGCAAAAUGGUGGCCUCUGCCCUGGGAGAGACAGCUGGCUCUGUCUGGGGAGUUGGCCCCGGGCUCGGAUGCCACGUGCUGAGAUUGCAUAACAAAAGCAACCAUUUUUGCCAACGGCCGUGUGGCUCCCCACAUUUCCCUGUCCUGCACUCUAGGGCCAGACCACUCUCUGCAUGGACCAGAUCAUCUUCCCAAACCCAUGGUGCUUCCCCUCCUCCCCCCACUCAACCUAGACUCCAAGGUGGGGAGAGAUGGGUCAGAGGCCCCAGUGGCCGCUGGCUGAUCCCGACAAGGGGUGGAGUGGGGUGGGGCAGAGGGAGCAGUCCCCAACGCCUGCACUGGGCCAUGUAUGGGAAAGAACACAGGUUGAUUGCAGUCGAGUUGUCUGGCCAUCUGUAUUUGGAUCUAGAACUGUACUUUGCCUGGCGCUGUGCGCAAGGUCUGAAAACUUAACUGCUAUUACCUAGAACCGUACACAGCUUCCCAGCCAAAUCUUAAUGUAAAGUAGCUAGAGCCAUGGAAGUACAGUAUGAAUUAAACGAAAAAAGUAUUGAACUACAAAUAAUAAAUGGUGUGUGUGCUUACUGCUCAAUUCAUUAGUGCUC